CCCGGACCGGGCGCUCAGUCCUGAAGCAGCAUCUCACGCGGGAAGAGCGCACCAGACAUGCGAGAGAACGAGUGCUUCUUGCUGUUAGCAGCCCUUCUUUCGUCCUCGGCUCUGGUUUGGGGUACAAAACAAGCAGGACACCACCACGGCUUGCUGCCCACCGAUGUCGAGUGCGGGCCGCACGAGAAGAAGACGGGGCCGAUCAGCGGCAACCUGGCUGAGGUCAUGGAGGUCCCCUGGGUCGCCCGACUGGGUUACCGCCGCGGCGCCGGCGCCGGCACCGCCUUCGAGUGCGGCGGCGCGCUCAUCUCCAGGCGCUACGUGCUCACGGCGGCGCGCUGCACCCAGCCCAACCCUCCGGUGACCGUGCGCCUGGGCGAGCACGACCUCACCUCAGACUUGGACUGCAACUGUAUCGGCGGCGGUGACAUAUGUGCGCCUCCCGUGGUCGACGUGGACGUGGAGGAGGCCGUCGCCCACCCCGAGUACGUGAGUGGCGGGCGACGGAAUGACAUCGCGCUGGUGCGCCUCGCCCGGCCCGUCGCUUUGACCGACGCCGUGGCGCCCGUGUGCCUGCCCGCGCACCUGCCGGCCGGCCAGGACCCCGAGGACGCGCUGCCAAGGAGGCGGCGCGCGUACCGCCUCGAGUUGACGGGGUGGGGACGAAUCGGCAAGGGCGGCAGUGACAGUGAACAGAACAUCCUGUUCAAGCUGGAGCUCCGGACGACCAACCACUCGGAGUGCGCUGCGAAGUACAGCGAGCUCCCGGACCGGAUCGACGAGGCGCGCCAGAUGUGCGGCAUCGGCAGGGACGGGCGGGACGUGUGCUCCGGGGACACAGGCGGGCCGCUCACCGGCGCCAUGCCCCUGGCCGAGCACAGGGUGCGCGCCGUGCUCUGGGGCGUCGUGUCCUUCGGCCCCGCCGAGUGCACCGCCAGCGGCGUGCCCGCCGUCUUCACGCGCGUGACGUACUACAUGCCCUGGAUCAUGAGCCAGCUGCGGCCUAUGAUCGGAGCAUAUUCUUGUAAAACAUUAUUACGCGUUGUCAACAAACGCUUACCCGCAAUAAGGAUGGAAGAGGAACCUGUUUGCAUCCCGGCAUUGCCUCCUCCCCCCCACACCGUCUCGCCCACCUCUCCGAAGUUUCGCGCCGUCCACGCUCAGUUGGGGGCCAGCUGCUUGUGCGAGAGGGACGCCAUGCGAGGAUACGAGCACCUGAGUCUGUGGCUUCUGCUGGGAGCCGCAGCCGCGGUUGGCGUGGUUGAGGUACAAGCUGCCCACCUCGUGCGAGCAUGUGCGGCCCAUGAGUUUUGUGUUCACAUUGGAAAGUGCAAAGUGCUGGCCGACAUGAUCCGCGCGCCUAGCCGGGAGCAGAAGACUCGUCUAAAGGACGCCCUAUGCGGGUGGGAAACCCUUGAGCAGCCCAGGGUGCCCUGGGUGUGCUGUCCAGUGUUGCCCGAGAGCUGUGGCCCCGUCAACACCACGGACACGACCCUCAGCGGGCGCCUCUGGACGGCCGUCGAAGAGUUUCCCUGGACCGUGAACCUCGGCUUUAAAAAAGGUUCCGAGCCCACUGAGUUCCAGUGCGAGGGUGCCCUCAUUUCCGCCCGCUACGUCGUCACAGCGGCGUACUGCGUCAAGGACUGGCGUGGUAAUACGGUGAACGUGGUCCGCCUGGGCGAGCACGACGAGGCCACCGACCCGGACUGCGAGAAGUUCGGCGAUGACAUUCGAUACUGUGCACCCCCCGUGAUUGAAGUGGGGGUGGAGGAGGCCAUUCAGCACCCCGAGUACUCGGCCAAUGACAAAUGGAACGACAUCGGGCUGCUGCGGCUCAAGGAGGCCGUCGCCUUCUCCGAGUCCGUGCAGCCCGUGUGCCUGCCGCUGCCGGACUACGCUCUCGAGGAGAGAACGCCCUACAGGGUCGUUGUUGGCUGGGCUGGGGAACACGAAGAGGAUGGAAGCACACCUGAUAGGAGCGUUCCGCGGCGCUUGCGCAAGAUCGAGCUGAAGGAGAUGCCGCACGACGACUGUGUUGCGACGUUUUCUAAAAUCUCAACCACGAUCCAGUUGAAACAAGCCCUGCAGUUGUGCGUCGUAAGCAACAAGCCGGGGCAGAACUUCUGCGAGGGGUUCGGCGGCGGCCCGUUCACCAUCGUCACCAGGCGGUACGACGGGGACAUCGAGAAGCGGCGUUCAGUACUCGAAGGCAUCGUGGGCUUCGGGACCUUCUGUGAAGGCAAGGACGUCGUCACCGUGUUCACGCGCGUCGCCCACUACGUGCCCUGGAUCCUGGACAAUAUGCGCCUGUAAUGACUGAUUAGUUUCACGACAGUGAGGAAUAAAGAUUCUUGGUAUUUUAUUGUAA